AUGCGUCGUUCACGUUCGUGCCCAGGUGGCUUGUUUGAGCUUAACAAUGCUGCGCACGUACUGUCCAUCGGCUCAGUUCAUCGUCAUCGCCCGUUUGAAAAUGAUUACCUACUUGGGGAUCCUGUCGGCACGGGUGGUUUUGCAGUUGUACGCGAAGCCAUCCACAUAGUCUCAGGUGAGACGUUCGCUGUGAAAACGUUGCGGACGCACAGAACUGCAUCGAUGUCCAUGGAGGAGGUGACGAACGAACUUGUCUUGAUGCAACAGCUAUCGGGACAUCCAAACAUUGUCACCAUCAAAGAAUUUUUUACAGAGGACUCUCCCUCCGCAUCGACAUCGGUGUCAAAAACAGCACGAGAUCAGCCUAACGAAUGCAUUGUGCACGUCGUCAUGGAGUUCCUCCGCGGCCAAGAGCUCGUCGAUUUUAUCACAGAGGUUGGUAUGUGUGUCGAGCAUGAUGCACGGCAGGUGAUGUGCCCCAUGCUUGACGCCAUAGCGUACAUGCACGCAAGUGGGGUGGUGCACCGUGAUUUGAAGCUCGAGAACUUGGUACUAGCGAGACCGUACGACUUAAGCUCUGUCACACUGGUAGAUUUUGGUUUGGCGAAGGCACUGAAGGCGCGAGAGCGCGCAGAAAAUGUUUGCGGGACUUUGGCUUACAUAGCGCCAGAAGCACUUGUGGUGGGCGAGUAUGGGCAGGGUGUUGAUGUCUGGGCACUUGGCGUGGCAAUGCACGCGCUUCUCACCGGCGCGUGGCCGUUUGAUGAUGAUGAUGAUGAUAGCCUAAUGGAUGCCAUCGUAUCGUGCGAUUUAGACUUUGAUCACGACGAGAUCUACUCCGAAGUCUCCCCUGAAGCGAAGGACUUGCUAAGCGGGUUGCUUGAAUCAAACCCGAAGCAUAGGUUGACGGCAUGUCAAGCACUGGAGCAUGCAUGGUUU